UCAACUUUCAAGUAAAUGAGCAAAGUCUGCAGAAAAAGCAGGAAAAGUUUGAUGUUUAGACAAGGCUUCUGUAGAAUAGGAUUUACUCCCCGGUGACAUACGUAUAGGCAUAUGUAAAAAGUAUGUGGGCGUGUCCUCACAGAAAGGGCCGCUCGAUGUGAGUUACGAUGUUACGCGUCUCACUUCACCGGGCCCAGGUCUUGCGUCAAGAAACAGUGCGAGAGCAGCUGUACUUUUCCUGCAUGGACACAAACAACCCGGCUGUCCAGUGUUUGAACACAAGCUGACCUGACCUCAUUUACCCUGCGAUGCCCGUGAGCGCUGCAAAACAUCUAUUAACCCAAAACAUCUGGCAAUGCCAGUGCAGUUUUCUCUCCACGUGUUAGCCGAAUGUGUUGUUGUUGUCGUUGGCUUCUCUCACAGCCAGUUAACGUCAUGGUAGUGAAGAUCGGCUGAGGCAGGUUGCACGAGGACAAAGAGGGGAUGCCCCCAACUCGAAUUCCUCGGGGACAGCUGUGCUAUCGGCGUUCCGACCGGGAACCAUCCGAUUACUUUAUCACAGCUAUUCUCCAACGGUGACUCCACGUUACGCCGUCGUGGUUCACCCAUGUUCGUGUAAUCCGGCCACGUGGUCUGAUCUCACACGCGAGAGCUUAAUUGCCGUUACAAAUGACGGUAAAUCUAGGACAUAACAUCACGUGGUACAUGUAUAUGUUGGUAUCGCAGUCUGUGCGGUAGAACAGUAAAUAAUAAGCCAGCAGUAGCCCAGCUCCUGCUGUUUUUCACUCGAUCCGACGACCCGGCACUGACAGAAGAAGUUGUUGAGAUAGAGAGAUACUUCAGAUGGCUUCCUCUCUGGGCUCAGGCUGACAGGUUUCCGCAAAUCGCAGGCAACAUGACUUGAAUUCGGCAAACAGGAAGUCAUCCGGCUGCGGAGUUAAUCAAGAGCUAUUCGGUUCUUGACGCGUGAGGAAUUCCCCGAUAAACCGUCCCUCUUUCAGUGGACGUGAGAAAAGAGGGAGCAAAGAAGAGGUUUCGCCAUUGACCCCUUCUGCCCGGGUUCAGAUGACCGGUAUCUAAGACGGCCUUGGUGUGAAGGAAUUCGCAGUCAAACACCUGCUACAACAGAAUGCCCCAGUGAGAUAGAAAGACCUUUAACCCUUAUUGCAGCAAUACACUGCACUGUUUCUCUCCCUGGAGCGAGUCACUGGCGAGACGAACUUAGGCCUGUUCCAAAAAAAAGAUAACAGUUAAAAUUCUUUCCCGAUCCAAUACUCGGUGCAUAUUCCAAGACAGUUGUGCCGUGAAGCGGUGGCAUCUGUCCGCGUCCGGCAAGCGAUAUGAAAUCAAGAUUACCCUGAGGAUAAACAUAAAGUGGCAUUGUGGAAGACUGGAGUUGUGGGAAGAUGUGCUGAGUGAAGUGUACGGGAGACAUUUGCACCGUUUUGCAGCAAAUAGAGUGAAAUCAUAUUUGUGACUUUUUUGCACGGAAGACAACUGCACGCUCUGGAGAAUCUGUGUUGUAGUAGCCUGUAAUCGGAACACAAAAGACCACAGUGUGUUAAUCCGCCUGACGUUAUCCACUCAGCUGACGUCAUGAGUGAUUAUGCCUCCGCCGAGUUACCCGCUGUGAGUAUAUAUGUCCAGGCUGCCACUUCACUGGGUACAUUACUAGCCUGAAUUUCCCGAACAGUCUGACUCUCGGUCGUCACAAUGAUAUUCUGGUGGACAAUGUUGUCGAUACCUCUACCGUUUGUUAUCACCGUCGUCGGCACCAUGGUUCUAACGGCGUUUGUGUAUUUAAAAUCAAUGCUGAAGCCAAGGGAUUACUUGCCCAAACUUUUCUACAAGGAAUCUGCUUUGACAAAACACCUUCUGAAACGAUGUCGUGGUUUAACCCGACCCUUCCGCCCGCCCUUAUGGGCACAGAAUGCCCACGUUCAAACUUUCAUGGCAGCAUUUUUACCUGGACCACGCGUGGAGUUCGACCGGGAGUAUCUUCAAAUGAAGGACAGGGGAGUUGUCGCCCUUGAUUGGGUAAUACCGGAAAACCAUAAAAGUAACCCAAAGAAGACGAAUCCUGUGCUCAUAGUCCUGCCCGGGAUGACUGGAGAUGCCGUAAGUGUAGCUGGUCUGUGUUACGACGGCGCUAAGAAGGGCUACCGCGUUGUAGUGUUCAACAAACGGGGCCACGGUGGCAGUGUCUUGACUACGGCCAUGCUGCAGAGUUUCGGAGACCCUUCGGACCUCCGACAAGUUGUGAAGUACAUUCGCGGGCGCUAUCCUAAAGCCAAACUGACGGCUGCGGGGAUCAGCGCCGGUUCGGGCCUUCUAGUGUCUUACUUGGGCGAGUUCGGCUCCUCAUCUUACCUCAGCGCCGCCGUGUGCAUAUCUCCAGGCUACGACGCCUGGGAACUGUUUACCAAACACGUCUUUGCCUUUUACGACUUUUGUCUCUUGUUCAGCCUAAAACGGCUCCUCAGCACACAUUCUAGUGCCCUGUCUAAAGUCGUGGACGUCCCUGCGGCAAUGCAGAGCAAAACGUUGUGCGAGUUCGAUAGGCUGGUGUACUGUAAACUGUACGGCUGUAACUCCCUUCAGGAAUACUGGGAGAAAAAUAAUCCCAUGCGGGACGUGGACGAUAUUGCCGUCCCUGUGUUGUGUAUCAACAGCCUAGACGACCCUGUCUGUGUAAAAGGGAAUAUUCCAUUUGAAUUAUUUAAAUAUUACCCGAACUUUUUCCUCGUGGCCACUGAGAAAGGAGGCCAUUGCGGUUUCCUGGAAGGGACGCCACCAAAGCCAUGGGCGAACAAACUCGCUCUUGAGUACUUGUCCGCCGUGUUAGAGUUUUUCACCAUACAUGGCGAAAGGUAAUGGCAAAGACAGCUUAUUUAAUGUAAAGUACUUUUUGCUCGGAUCAGUUUAUUGGGAAAGAGAAAAGGGAGGAAGGAAAGAAAGCUUACGUUCAAGUAAAACAAGAACCCAUGAUUUAUUUUACACAUGUCGGUAUUUCUAUUACUGUGUAUGAAGCACUAUCAGUGAUUUGCAUUGUUUAAUAUGUAUAAACACGGCACGGUUAUAAAUUAUGGUAUUCGGGUUUACAAACUCUGUAAUGGACUUUUCGCACUUGUUCAUGUACGAAGAACAGGAGAUUGUGCAGGAACAAAAAGAAGGAUGGUUUCUUCGAUAAAUGGUCUAGUAGUAUUACUUUCUUGGGUCAGUUUAACUUGGCUAAAUCUUGCCCAAAUCAUGCCUUCUUUACGGUACCUUUUAAGUGUUUAUGAAAAGAACUUCUAUGCGCCUGUACGUUUAUUCCUUAGUAACGAUCUGCUAUCGUUUUGUGGGUGAUAAUCACAACACUGACCCGUCCACUCGAUCGAUUACUUGUCAGUGCUGUGCUCGAAUGAUUUCUUAGUAACUCACUUGGCUAACUCGUCCUUACACUAUUCACAAAAACAUCACUGCCGCUACAUGUUAUCGUCUUAUUUCUACUCUUUGAGGAACUAGAUCCACGGAAAAAGUCGUGACCUGAAAGAGCUAAACGAUUCUGUCCUGCAUGCUACUGUUAACGGAGCUAAAAAAUAUCAAUUACUGGCAAUUCCAAUUGAUUUUUUUUUAUUGGUGUUUUACGCCGUACUCAAGAAUAUUUCACUUAUACGACGGCGGCCAGUAUUGAGCGAGUAUAACAUAGACCGACGUCAGUGUAAGCCUCCAUUUAUAUAUACCGCGCCUAUUAAGAUGUGCUCCCUAACGCAACUUAGGUCCAAAAGCUGUUUCAGGUUUAAUCAAAUGGAAUCACGAGUCCACCAAAGAUUUUAUUCAUCACAGUUUUAUUCGUAAUGUACAAAGAAUUGAUUUCUGGUAAGGGUCGCACGGAAGGCGUACGGAAAUUAUCUCAUUCGGAACUCAGAUUAGAACAUUGCCGAUACAAAGCUACCCACUCAGGGUCUGUACUUGGUGACAAAGGUAAGAAAAAUCUGAGGAGUAAAGUUUUCAGAUUCAGGUUUAUAAUUUACAAAAUUGCACACAUAUAUGCUGUAUAUUUACUCUGUCAGGCGUUCUAUGUGUACCCAUGGCUGUUACACUCAGUAUUCGGAAGGUCAUUGAAUUAUGGUGUAGGUACGAUACCGUCACUAUCAGCUGCAAUCUAUAGUCAUUGUAAUUUGGGCAAGGUUGCUAAUUAAUUCUCCAGAUCUAUAUAAUCAAAUUUGACUUAUCUUUGUAAAAAUUGCCUUUUAUUUAAGGGUACAAAUGUUAAAAUGCUAACAACCACAAGCAACAUUGUGAUAAUAUGUGAUAAAGUUGAGGCGUUGUUCUGUUUGUUUUAUUGUAAUGAUUUUAGUCAUUUGUGAAAGAGCUGUUAUUUAAUCCUCAUUUUGUUGUUUGGUGUCACGACGUGUUUAAAAGUCUGAAUAAUUAUCACUUGCUAUCCUCGCAUAAACAUGUUCUAUUCAGGAAACGGGGCUAAUUCGUCGUUUGGAACUCUUUGGAAUUGUUUGGCCAAUACAACGUUUCCGAAUGUGCAGCUCGAAAGAGUUCCAAACAAGUAGGAUCGCCCAUCCAGAUCAAACUCGUAUUUUGUAUAUAAAUACUUAAUGGUAAGACACAUAAUUCACAUUUAGCAAUGGUUCUCAUGAAAGCAAGCUUUACAUUUACUGUAUAUGUGUAUGACGAUUUCAUUUUGCGAGUAUUCUCCUCUAAAAUAAAGAUUUAUCAAAGUU